CUAAAAUGUGGAGUCUGAUGUUUUUCACCAGCCUAAUAAUAUCUCAAAUUAACCCUCUCCCUGCUGAGCCAAUCACACACUCGUAAAUUAUGUCGUCAAACAUAGGUUCUCCUUAAGCCCUUUCCAUUAGUUAGCUCUAUAUAAAGGUUUAUAAACCCUAAAUUGGUAUCGUGCUAAAACAACAUAUAUUCAGUCAAACUCUUAGAGUGUAUUUGCCCUUGUUUAUCGUGAUUAGAGGCACCCUUUCGUGGUCAACUAAUCGACCAGGGCAUGUUCAACUCAAACCCCAAAGCCCUAUAUAUAGUUCGUGUAGUUUUUGCACUUUUAGUUUCAUUUCUCUUAAAGUAAAUAUCCCAAAGAAGGAGGUUAGAGUUUAGAUUCUAGAGUUAUCUGGAAGCUUUUGCAGGGGAAACGCCGGAAUGGUAUCGACAAACGUGGUUUUUCUCGUGGCUAUUUUCGCCAUGGGUGACGCUUCGAAGCGGGUCACCUUAGACUCGUACGAUGAAGAAGCAAAUGCAGAUCUUAUACCAAAGUUCUUCAAUUCUUUAGAUAAAGCCUUUAAGUAUUUUGAGAAAGAAUAUGAACAAGUCAACUUGGAUGCUAUCUUUGGUCUACGGUUAUCAGAAGCUGUGUUAGAAAACGUCCUUACGUCAAUGAAAAAAGAUCUCUCCGCACGAAACUCCAUCCCACUCUCUGUAUCCUUUUUCAUAACUAACCUAAGAAACCGGGCUACAACAAUCAUCUUAAAAUCCCUCACAAGCCUCAGAAUAUCAGACGAAGAUUACUUUAAGAAAGUAGGUUUUGUGGUGAAAAAUAAGUGGAGAUUUGUGAAGCCGUUUAAGAGAUUGAAUCCCAAGGGAAAUACGCGCGAGAUUGAUAGAGAAGUGACGACGAAUAUUGGUCGACCCUAUCAACCAUGUAUGGUGGCGCUGUUUGGCAGCGGAGGACCUGGGUAUGAACCUUGUAAUGUGACCGAUCGGUGUUGGCAGGUUAUGACGAGAAAGGAUAAUGUAGGAUACACGCUGACACAUCAGGCCUUGUAUUUUAUGUUUGGAAAGGAAAGAGGUUGCUCAUCAGUACUCUCCGCUAAACUAAAGCAAUCAAACAUCCAAGGGGGAUACGAAGGACUAUUUAAAGAAAUCUGUACCUCCAUGUACAAUCAAAUGCUGAUCCUCGAGAAUGUCAAGACAAAAACGCCCGCCCAGACAGAUCUAUACUUAGAACAGGCUGUGAUCUGUGGAGGCCUUUUAGGCUACAGUGACUUUCUAUCCAUGGAGAGACUUGCUAAACUAGUAAAGCUACAAAGACCAAAUGGUUGCUUUGGGAAAUUAUUUCAUGAAAGCAAAACGAACAGAAUGCGAAAAAGGACAGCGAAAAAACUAGCAGAUGGCUGUGAAUCGCAUGUAACUGGCGUUGCAACUGGUCUUCUUUCUAGCUAUGUACGGUGGAUACUACAAACGCAAAAAGAUACUAUAUUUUCAUCAUCCAAUUUAGAUUUUUWAAAAAAUUGAAAAGGCAGCUUUAAUCGAAAGGUAAAACAAAGAUUUGAAUAACAAAUGAUAAGCAUGAUGUAAAGAAUUUCUAACGAGAAAGCGGAUAAAAUAAAACAAAUAUAACCGUCAUUUCAA